AGGUGAAGAGAACAGAUGGAGAUGUCAGGGAGCUUUUUGUGUUGGGAGGAGGCUGCUUUUAAAUGGUCUAACGGGGGUAAAACUUCCCAGAAAAGCUUCUCAGGACGAAAAACGGUUCAAGUUAUUGAUUUAAAACUCGGAACAAUCAAUUAGGGCGAAGCUCGUGCCACCUGUUGGAGUUGCACGCGGAGAAAAUACGUCGUUUGCGUUUUGUUCUGGAGCGAAUUAGCAUUUUUAAAAUCAUCUCAGGGUGACAGAUGUUGAUGGAGCCCUCUGAACGCGAGGAAUGGACGCCGUGGACUACAGAGACGACCUGAGAGUUUCUGCAGGGAGGAUGAGGUGGUGGAGGGAGGUGGAGAUGUGGAGAAAAGAGGAUGAGGAGGAGGAAGAAGAGCUGGUGGAGGUGCUUCUCCGAGGAAAAGCACCCUGGGGCUUCACCCUGAGAGGAGGCACGGAGCGCAGGGAGCCUCUGGUUAUCACAAAGGUGGAGGAGGGCAGUGCGGCGGCGGCGGUGUGUUUGCAGGUCGGAGAUGAGAUGGUGAGCGUGAACGCAGUGUCCCUCAGCGGAUCCCGUCAAGAGGCCAUCUGUCUGGUGAAGAGCUCCCAUAAGACCCUCAGUCUGGGCGUCCGAAGGAAAAGCCGCUUCAAAGGGAAGAAUGAUCCCGGCUCGCGCCCCCAGUCCUGGCACUCGUCCAAGCUGACAGACGUGGAGCCGCAGCCCGUCUGGCACUCAAAACAUGAAGCAAGGCCCAAAGAGUCGUCCACUAUAGUGAACAGCAUGGAGCGUCCCUCUCUCCCUCCUCCUCCUCCUGCAGGACGUCUUUCCCCGCCUAAACACAGCGCCGAGUCGCUCUGUGGCCCGGGAAGCAAAAAAGACUCUGGCUUCAGCUGCUUCUCCAGCAACCCCAGCCCUCCGUUUAACGACCCCGGCACAUCUGAGAGGAAGGGUACCACCAGCACGGAGAACAUUUUCUUUAAGGGCCCUCUGAGUGAAAGGCCUCCACCACGAUACCUGCAGCCCACACUGGGGAACGGAGGAUGGGAGGGGUCGAGAGGCGAGGAAACACCUUCCUCUCGGGUCUCCGUCGCUAUGAGACCCAACAUGGGCCCCGUGUGGCAGGUACCAGAGAAGAAGAAGUCCCAGUCUCCUCCCCCUCCUCCUCCCCCUCCUCCUCUGCGCAGCGACAGUUUUGCAGCCACGAAGGUGUUUCCUUACUCAGAAGCAAAGACCCACGGCAGGUCGUUUGAGAAACUGACAGAGAAUAACAACCAGAAUGGCCUCAGAUCCCACCAGGAGAAAACCACUGAGGCCAGACGUAGCUUAAACCCCCUCCCCACCAAAGACUUCAUCCACCCUAAAACAGCAUCUGACCACAACCACAACCAGCUGCACCCCGACAAACUCUUCUCCCUGUCCAGUAAUGAUGUCAGGCAGUCUCACUACACCCAAAUACCUGCCCACCAGAGGCAAUACAGCGACGAAAGCCCGCUCUCCCUGCAGAACAGGUCAGCUCCUCCCACUAAGAUUCAGAGCGUAGGAAGUUAUUAUCGCAGCCUUCAAGAUCUUCCAACGAGAGCUUUCAGCCGCAAACACGUCCGGCACUCCACAGCAUCCGUGGCGAACCCGAACCUGGAGAACGGGUGGAGAAACAGAUACUACGGCCUGGCAAACAAGCAUCCUGUUCAGAGUGCUGAGCUGCAGGCGAGGCAGGGGAAGGCCGAGGGCUGGAGGGGGGAGACGGAGCGACCCCACAGGGGGAACAGCUGUGAGCCAGGCUUCCUAGGGUCAAACAUUAAAGCUAAAUACACUCUACCUCAGUCCCAGCUGCCUUACAGCGGCAGUCAUUCCCAUCAGGGAGAACUCUCCGUUACAAGCCGCAGCUUAGAGGACGCUGCAAAGAGAGGUGAUGCAAAUGACACUAAAAGAUACUUCCCGACUCAUCAAAGUAAUGAUCAUAAGACCAGGCAUCAAGACCCGUGGGUGCCUCAGGAAGAUCACAGAAUAUCCCCCCUGAAAACGCCUCUCCUACACUCCCUGGCCCAGGAGGGCAGAAGUCUGACGGCGAGGCAACCAUCCGCUCAGCCGCAGGAGGCAGGCGACAACAUGGCGUCCAGCGGUGGAAAGUGUAUCCGCCGCAGCGACCGCUACGCCACCGUCCUCCGAAAUGAGAUCCAGCAGAAGCGAGCCCAGCUGCAGAAGAGCCGCAGCGCUGCAACGCUGACAUGUGAAGCCGAGGAUGAUGAGGAGGCGGAGGAGUGGAGAUCCACGGAGACUUCUACGUCUUCUGGGGUCUCAAACACCUACAAGGACCACCUGAAGGAGGCGCAGGCGAGGGUCCUGCAGGCGACUUCCUUCCAGAGGAGAGACCUGGAGCCUCUCGGACCAGAAGCGACGGUGGUUAAAACCUCAAACGGACGCAUCAGAGGACGCAAGCGCUUCCCCCUGGCCAAAAGGAUGCACUCCUUCUCAGAGCCUGACAAGAUAGACAAACUGGGAGUGGGAGGAGAAGCUCAAACGGGGUCUUUCGGAGACAGGAAGAAGUUAUUUGAGGCCAAACCGGCGUUUUCCAGGCCUGUACUGAAAUCCAGUCAGGGUUCAAACCUGAACACGGACCUUGGUGAGAAACAGAACGAGAGAUCUGGAGAGUCGGAGGAUGCUCUCAUAUCCACAGAGCUGGAACACCUCAGCCCUGGAGAUACGCAGGUCUUACUGGAGCAGCAGAGGCUGGGGACCUUCGCUGAGUACCAGGCAACGUGGAGCAAACAGAAGAAGUCCUCGGAGGCCAAGACGCAGGGCAGGUAUCACUCAGCGGAGAACAUCCUGGAUACAGAAGCAGAGGAGAAGCCCGUGUGCAUCCACGAGAGGUCCAGAUCUUCUCCCUCUGCAGACUUCUACACACAGAAUAUUCCUUCACCAUGGAUCGACCCUCCCAGCCAGCAGAGCAGUAACAGAGGGAACACAGAGAGCCAGCAGCGAUACCAGGCCGACCGCAGCCCACAUUCGGCUCCGUCAGUGCCCAGAAUCGAGGGCCCGGCUGACCACAGGAACAAACCAGAAUCUGCCAACUCCUCCCACUCCAAACUCUCCUCAGGCUCUCUGCCGCCUCCACCAACCAAAGGCCUGCUGCCUCCGCCCAGGCUCCAUUUAGGCGCAGAAACCACAUCCUCCUCCUCCUCCUCCAAGGAAUUCCUCGCUCCAGACGUGCUGUCCAGCUGCAGCUCUGACAGCCACAACUCCUCCGCUGGAAAACGGACGCUCAGAGGUGGAGAAAACGAGGUGGAGAAGGAGAAGGAGCAGCUUUCUUGUUCUUCAUCGCUACGAACGCGGUCUCCCUCGCCUCAGUUUGCACCGCUGAGACUCACCGACAAACCGCCGGCCGUGUUGGUGCCGGAGGACAUCGCGCUCAGGUCAGAGAAUGAUUUGAAGCUCCCGGCUGAGAUGGAUGUGAACAGUCCGGUGAGGAAAGUCCCGGUGAGGAUCGUUCACUCUGAGAGCGUUUCAGAGCGAGAUGUUCGUGCUUAUCUGCCUCAAAACAGCGACACCUGCAUCGUCUUCGAACCACCAACAAACUUCCCCUCUUUGAACACAGCAGAGCGUCCGGCUUCCUCUCUUUUCAGCGCCUACACUCGUCAGGAUCCAGCUCCGAAUCCGAUCCCAGAGUCGAGUUCAGCGGGGGGUCGGCCCUCAGUGGAGGACGCCAAGAGAGAGGAGCUGGCCAGAGACAUCAUGGGGAAGGACAAGUCUCUGGCAGACAUCUUGGAUCAGAGCGGCAGAAAGACCACCAUGGACCUGAUGGAGGGGCUGUUCCCCACGGAGGAGCAGGUCCUGGAGGAGGGGCAGCAGCGCAAGAGAGCCUCUUCUGGAUCCAGACUGCCCACAUCGUCCCCCAGAAGCAUGGACAGGAGGGAGGAGGAGGAUGCUUCUGUGUCUGCAGUAGCCUCCCUGGUUCCCAGCUCCUCGUACUACAACACAUCGGCUCCCAAAGCGGAGCUCCUCAUCAAGAUGAAGGACAUGCAGGAGCAGCUGGAGGACUCUGAGGACGAGCUGGACGUCGACCUGGCCAGCAAGAAGCAAGAGCUGAUCUCCAGCCUUGCGAGGAAGCUGGAGGUGCUUCGGGAGGCCCGGAGGAGUCUUCAGGAGGACGUGGAGGACAACGAGGCUCUGGGUUGCGAGGUGGAGGGCACCGUGCAGAGAAUCUGUCAGGCGAACCAGCUCGAUAAGUUCUGCAUGUUCGUGGGAGACCUGGAUAAAGUGGUGAGCCUCCUGCUGUCGCUCUCUGGGAGGCUGGCGAGGGUGGAGAACGCCCUGAACAGCCUGGAGGAGGAGGCACCGCCGGAGGAGAAGCGGACACUAACGAGGAAGCGUAAGUUGCUGAUGCAGCAGCACGAGGAUGCCAAGGAGCUGAAGGAGAACCUGGACCGCAGGGAGAGGGUGGUGUCGAGCAUCAUGGAGACUCACCUGGAUGCGGAGAACCUGGACGACUACCGGCACUUUGUGAAGAUGAAGUCAGCGCUCAUCAUCGAGCAGAGAAAACUGGAGGAUAAGAUCCACCUGGGAGAGGAGCAGCUGAAGUGUCUGCUGGACAGUCUGCCGCUGGACCAGAGGCCGAUGCUCUGAUGCUCACCUGACAACAACUCCUAAAUCUGUAGAGGAAAUCCAGAUCGAAGCAUGCCUACAUCUGAGCGUGCUGCAUUUCCAUAUUAUUGUCUUUGUGAAACUGUGUCAGAGUUCAAUUCAAGGCGGUUUUUCUGACGCUCUCCUCGCAAUUAAGACUACAUUUCCCAUCGAUCAAAUAUUCUAGUUUUUAAAGGAGCCUCAGGAACUAAUUUAGGUCAAUUAGAUCAAUAAUUGAUUGAGAUUUGAGGACCAUUUUUUGCACAGAGACCAGACAGGAACACAGAGAUAUUGUGUCGUCAAAGUUUUCAAUAGAUUUUAUACAAAACAUAGAGAAUUCUUCCUUAAUUUCCAAAUACAUUCAGUCUAGAGAUCAUUGAUUUCCUCCUAUUUUUACAAUUUUUACUUAUUUUUUACAUCUUUUAGUAUCCCAAAGUCAAGGUAUUCAUGUUCUUUUUAGCAUUUUAAAGUUAUAAUACAUAAAAAGCUAUGUAUGCUGAUAGUAACCAACACUAUUUUAAAUACCCAAGUUGUGGCUUUAUUCUCCGGAAACCUUUAAUAAUAUGAUUAAUUAUAAUUACACAAAUACAAUUUAUAGGUUUUUAUGUAUAAACCAAAUUAUAUACAUUACUUUGGUUGUUACCUUAUCUUACACUGUCUCCCUUUUGUAAUGAAUAACCAUCAUGUGUGUUUUAUUUUAGUUUCAUUUUGUAUUUAUUGUAUUGUUUCGGUAAUUUAUUUUCACUCGUGACGUAUUUUUUUUUGUUUUCUAACAAAAUGAAAUUAAGAGUUUGAUUUCCAAAUGAUAUUUGAUUGCUUUUACGACCAACAGUAUCUCCCUUUGUGUAGAGUAUCACUCUUAAAGGGUCGAUGUCUUUCACACAUGAUGAGUUUCUCUUUUUGUGAGUGACACCUUUUGGAUUUACGCUAGCUCAAACAACUGGACGAUGUUGGAUUUUUCCAGCGGUACAGAUUGUUUUCUAUCCUUAUAUUCUGGGUGGUUGUUCAGCUGAAGCUCCCACUCAAACACUUUGACGACGGCCUCACAACCACCGGAUUUAUUUAUUGUUUUCUCAGAGUGAAGGCGCAGUUUCUAUACAGGUUCAUUUAAAACACAGCACUUUACGCUCUGCUUUUGAGGACUUUCUACAUUCAUAUUUAUUUGAACACGUGCCUACCGUAGCCUCUCGUGGACUGACGUGGGCGUGGAUAACGGCCCACACAGGUGCACCUUUCACCAACUUUAAGCAAUAAAAUUAUAAAGCUGUGACACAUGG